UUUGCUUUCAAGUUCCCAGCUGUUUUAAAGUUCAUCAGAUAAGGUUUGAUGCGCUGUGUUUGGUGGGCAGCUCUGCAGACCCACUCGUCACACGCAGAAACACUGAAGUUUGUGUGUCAACUUCCUGUCUCCGCUGCCUGUCAUUCGACUGCUAAAGCAUGAGGAAACCAGAGCAGCGACAGAAGCGUCUCAAAAAGGUCUGUGAAAUGUGCUAGUUCGAAUUCACCAACGUAAAGAAAAUGGCUGCCAACACAAACCUCCGCCCAAAAAGCGUUGACAUCAGCAGUUAUGUCUCUGGAUCUUUCUCUCAGCUGUCCAUGGGGCCCGAAUACAAAGUGAUGGGACCCAUGCGUGUCCUCUUUCAGAUCGGGCUCCUCAAAGAGGAGGUACAGAUCCCUGAGCGACGCCUCGGCUUCCAGCAGGCGAAGCAUCUCGCAGCAGAAAUCAUCGAGAGAAAGGCUCCGGAGUGCAGUGUCAAUGGUCUGGAGGAGAAGCUGCUGUUAUUCAGACACGAGCCGAACACUGAGCAGAUCUUACACAGACUCACCGAAAAACAUGAAUUACGGGACGGAGAUCUCGUGGAGGUGGUGCUUGCUGGCACAGCUUUGGUGACCGAAGCAAAGUACCGCCCACAUUCCUUAGUCGUCCAAUCAUAUCGCACACCUACGUUCUGUCACUACUGUGGAGAGAUGCUGUGGGGCCUCGUCCGACAGGGCCUGAAGUGUGAAGGCUGCGGUCUGGACUUCCACAAGCGCUGUGCGUUCAAGCUGCCCAACGACUGCUCUCGCGUGUUUCGCCGGUGCGGGCCGAGUCUGUCGCUGUUUCCCCCGGGACGCCCGCCGUCGCUCUCCAGCCACACGGGAGGAAGCCUGGAGGAGAUCAGCGUAAGGAAGCCGUCGCGCUCUCGGCCGCCGUCCUGGGUCGACGUGCCGGUGUGUGUGGGGGUUUCCGAGGGGAAAGAGGGCCGACCGCGUGUUCCUCACACCUUCCACAUACACACCUACACCAAACCCACCGUGUGCCAGCACUGCUUCCGGCUGCUCAAGGGCCUCUUCAGGCAGGGCAUGCAGUGCACCGACUGUAAGUUUAAUUGUCAUCGCAGGUGCGAGUCUCUCGUUCCUCCUGAGUGUCGGGGAGAGAGAGCAAACGGAGAAGAGGCGAGUCCGGAGCCGGAGGAGAGCGCGGCAGUGGUGUCGGUGAACGCUCUUUAUGAAGAGCUGCGGUAUAAAGACCCGCCGCCAGCGGAGCAGAUGAUGACGCUGCAGACUCCCGUCACGCCGUGUUUCAGCAGUAAUAUCCCUCUGAUGCGAGUGGUGCAGUCGCUCAAACACAGCAAGAGGAGAGCGAGUGGAGUGGUGAAGAAGGGCUGGCUCGUCCACUACACCAGCACUGACACACUGAGAAAGCGUCACUACUGGGUAUUAGAUGGUAAAAGCAUCACCCUGUACCCGAAUGAAACCAGCAACAAAUACUAUAAGGAGAUCUCUCUGUCGGAGGUGCUGCAGGUUCGAGGCCCGGCUCAGCUCACGGUCCCAGUGUUGCCAGGCAACAGCGAGCACUCGUUCGAGCUGCUGACAUCAUCACUGGUGUACUGUGUGUUCGCGGAUCAGGACGGCCCGUCGUGGGACUCGGCCCUCAAGCUGGCCCUCAGACCCGUACAGGGCACCGCGUGCGGCAUCACAGACCCCGUGUGUCCCGGUGUCCCGGCAGGUGAAGGAGAGCACGGCGUCGAGACUCAGGACAUCAGUGAGCUGUAUCAGAUCUUCUCUGAUGAGGUUCUGGGUUCGGGUCAGUUCGGGGUGGUUUACGGAGGCACACACAGGCAGUCGGGACGUCCCGUCGCUGUUAAAGUCAUCGAUAAAACACGCUUUCCCUCCAAACAGGAGACGCAGACUAAAAACGAGGUUUCGAUAUUGCAGAAAUUGUCUCAUCCAGGAGUCAUUUGUUUGGAAGGCAUGUUUGAGACGAUGGAGUACACGUUCGUUGUGAUGGAGAAGCUCCACAGUGACAUGUUAGAGAUGAUUUUAUCUCACGAGAGCGGACGUCUGCCUGAACGCACCGCGCGCUUCCUCGUCACUCAGGUUUUGGAGGCUCUGAGGUACCUGCACCUGAGGCACAUCGCACACUGCGACCUGAAACCAGAAAAUGUGCUUCUGGCGUCACCCGAACCGUUUCCUCAGGUCAAACUGUGUGACUUUGGUUUCGCUCGCAUCAUCGGAGAGAAGUCGUUCCGGCGCUCGGUGGUCGGGACGCCUGCGUAUCUGGCGCCCGAGGUCAUCAGGAGUCACGGCUACAACCGCUCUCUGGACAUGUGGGCCGUGGGGGUGAUCCUAUACGUCAGUCUGAGCGGGACGUUCCCUUUCAACGAGGACGAGGACAUCAAUCAGCAGAUCACGAACGCCUCGUUCAUGUAUCCGCGGCAGCCGUGGUCCCUCAUCUCGCUGGAGGCGGUGAAUCUGAUCAAUAACCUGCUGCAGGUGGUGGUGAGACGCAGGUUCAGCGUUGGCAAAGCCAUGGGUCAUCCCUGGUUUCAGAACUUCCAGAUGUGGUGUGACCUGCGCGGGUUCGAGCAGGGGAUUGGGUAUCGCUAUCUCACUCACGAGGCGGAUGACGAGCACUGGAGAUCCUACGCCCUGGAGAAAGGCCUCAGUUUCCCAGAACAUUUAACAACAGCAGCAAAUGAAGAACAGAAAACAGACGUGUAGAUUUUAUAUGAAUAUAACUGUGAAUAUUGUAUUAUACGAACAACUCUGUGAAUCUACUGUGGUGUACAUCCAAUUAUUUUGGUAUUUGAGAUAUUUUUCAAUAAAAUGAGAAAAUGCUAA